GCGGUAGUCCACUUUAUUUUAUCUCAUGGGACUCUACGAGCCCAGGGCUCUGCUAUUUUUUCCUUUCUGCCACGGACUACGGUCCCGUCCCGGGGGUCGCUUGCCUGACUCUGGGCUCCUCGAGACGGCCAUAAUUGGGCGCGUCGUGCCCGGCACCAAGGUCGCAAAAAAAGCUGCGUCCCGGGCUGGUCUGGUUUCUACUCUCUUCACUGCCCAUGGGAUUUGUGUCCAUAGUGUAGCUCUGCCAUUACCAUAGCUCUUGUCCUUUUUCGUCCUGGUCUUCCCUUGUUCUCUCUCUCUCCCAUCUUCUAGUAGACCACUUUCCCCAUUACCUUUGGUUUUUCCCCCGCCUCAUCCUUCCUCUUGAGGUCAACUCCCCCAAAAAGGAACCUCUUUCAUCCCAUUCGUGUGUGUCGUCCCGUCCUUGGAGAGAGCUUCCUUAGCUUCCCCAAAACUCCGACCUUCGCGACGUCACCCACGCCGAUACGUCACCUCCUCCAACCCCGAACCAGUCUAUUGACAUCACCCGUCGCAAACCGAACGUCGGGAAACCACCCGGUACAGCGCAAUCGCUGCCACCCCCCGCCGCCUGCGAAAUCGAUUACCAGGAAACCCAACCGAAGCAUCGUGAGAGCUUCAACCUCCAACUCCUCCGAAGCUCCAACACACAUACACACACAGCUACGCUCGCAUGGCGGAACGAGACUCAAGACCACAAGGGCUUGCCGCCGCCGCUGCCGCAUCCGCACCCGUCACCCCAGAGCUCAAGAUCAAACCCCCAAGUCCGCUGGCGCUGGCCCAAAAAGUCGACAUGGAGUCCAAAAUGGGCGAGGCAAAGUCAGAAUGGAACACCAAGAACCUGGGCUUCCGCCUCGGCACCGACUUCUUCAGCGCAGCGUGCGCCGGCACCUUGGUCGCGCCCCUGGUCUCCAUCAUUGACCGUUCCAUCAUGGAAAACGCCUCCGGCCGCCGCCCCCUAGGCGAAUGCGUCCGCUCCUGCCUAAAAGAACUCCUCCUCCGCCCCCACGCCGUCGUCUUCUCCAAACCCUUCGCCCUCAUCUUCGCCCUCUACGGCGGCACCUACCUCACAGCAAACACCCUCGACACCGCCGCCUCCACCAUCCACAACACGCCAGCCUCGUCCGUCACCUCGGGCACCGCCAAAUUCGCCGCCUCGAGCACGGCAAACAUCGGCAUCUGCAUGUACAAAGACCAAGUCUUUGCGCGCAUGUUCGGUCCCCCCGGCGCCACGCCCCGCCCCGUACCGAUGCUCACGUACGCGCUCUUCACGCUGCGCGACUGCAUGACCAUCUUCGCGAGCUUCAACGUCCCGCCGAGGCUGGGCCCCUGGCUGAACGAGCGGAUGGGCGAGGAGAUGAGGAAGAAGGUGAGCGGGUUGACCGUCGUGCAGUUCGCCGCGCCGGCCAUGGUGCAGCUCGCCAGCACGCCGCUGCACUUGCUCGGGUUGGACGUGUAUAACCGGCCCAACGCCGCUGCUACCCCUGUGUCGUGGCAGAACCGGUGGCAGUCCGUGGCUAAGAACUGGGGUAUCAGCACCAUGGCGAGAAUCUGCCGUAUCAUCCCGGCGUAUGGUGUUGGCGGUGUCGUGAACCGCAAGGUGAGGUUGAGUCUCAUGGACAGAGCGGAGAAGUGAAAGGAUCCGAGUACAUGAGCCUGUGUCCCCUUUUACCUCCUUUGGAACGUGGUUUUCCCGAUCAAGAGCUACCUGACGGGUGACCAGAUGACUUGUUUCUAUGUUUACUGAGAACCUCUCUCUUUAGCAAUGGUUCACAUGGGGCGGCGUUUCCGGGCUUUUCCUUUGGCAUUAGAUGGGUUCAAGACAUUGGGAGGCGGUACCAAACCCAGACCGCCGGGUUCAAGGAAACUGGGCAUCUUACAUAGAGACGACAGACCGGGAGAAACCCCCAAAGCACACACACACACACACACACACACACACACACACACACACACA